AUGACCGACCUCACGCCCACCCUGAACAAGUUACUCUCAAAGCCAGAUUUAUCACCUCCACCUCCCAAAGAGCCCUGCACAGAAACCGCCGACGAGUUCCUAAAGGAGGCAUACCGAAUUAAUUCACACAUCCACUCACUCCUCCAAUAUCUGCACUCAAUCCGUCACGCCUAUCUCUCCACACAACCUCAACGUCGCAACGCAAACACAAAGACUAUCCAAAAUGCACCAACCCCAACUCAAUCCAACCUCACCGACCCCGAACGCGAUGCAGUCGACACCUCCACCGCCCUCCUCCUCCGCGACCUAGCAACCUCAAUCGCGAACCUCUCUUCCGCCGAGACCCUCCGCCAAGAAACCGAGUCCACCCUCCUCCACAAGAAAUACGGCCACUCCAUCGCUGGCGCCUUCCUCCACCGCUGGGCUGGCGGCAGCGGCGCUCUCAGCGACCCCGUAGAAAAUGAAAACAAGUCUCCGGAGCAGAUCCGCGCAGAAGAGAUUGCGCGGUCACUAGCCACAGUGCGCGAGAGCGUACUCUGGUUCCUACGACGGGGACUGGAGGGAGCAGUCAAUGUGCAGCGGGGGAUGGUCGAGAAGCGGAUCGAGCGAGUUCGGGAGAAAGAAAAGAGCGUUCUUUACAAAGCUGCAGGGAAACCCGGUAUCAACGGGGCUCGGAGGAUGUCUGGUUCUGAGUGGCAGACGAGAGGAGGGGUCGAUUCUACGUUCCAAGCUCCCGAUGCGACGGUGUUGAGUGAGGCAGAUACGGCGCGGAUCGAGGCAGAGCUUUCGCCGGAGCAGUUGCAGCUUUUCGCUGAGGAGAAUGAUCUGAUGCUUAGGCAUUAUGAGGAUACGUUGGGGAAAGUCCAGAAUGCUGAGAAAUCCCUGCUUGAGAUCUCUUCGUUGCAGGAGACACUUGUCUCUCAUCUAGCGACGCAGGAGGAGUAUAUCUCUCAGCUUGUUUCGGAUGUGGAUACGACGUCGACGAACAUCGGACAGGGAAAUCGCGAGUUGAAGCGUGCUACUGAGCGUCGGAGUACAGCUCAGGCUGUCUUCUGGGGCACUGUUGGGUUAUGUACCUGGCUGGUCGUCUGGGAUUUGGUGUUUUAG